AUGGCCUCUCCCGCCACGAAAGCCCCAACCUCUCUCCCCCUCGAACUCGUCCAAAACCCAGCAGCAAAAGACGCACCCUACUACACCCCAUCCCAAUCUCCCCCCUCCGGAACAGCCAUCCUCCCCUCCACCACCACCACCCCCCUCCCAAAACUCUUCACCCCCCUCGAAAUCCGCUCCCUCACCCUCCAAAACCGCCUCUUCCUCGCCCCCCUCUGCCAAUACUCCGCCUCGCCCCUGGCCGGAAACCUCGCAACAGACUGGCACCUGACCCACCUAGGCGGCAUCCUCCAACGCGGGCCCGGCCUCUGCCUCAUCGAAUCCACCGCCGUCCUCCCGCAAGGCCGCAUCACCCCGCAGGACCUAGGCCUCUGGUCCGACGCCCAGAUCCCGCCCCUCCGCCGCAUCACCGACUUCGCCCACGCCCAGUCCCAAAAGAUCGGCAUCCAGCUCUCCCACGCGGGCCGCAAAGCCAGCACCGUCGCCCCCUUCAUCCACGCCAACGCCACCUCGCCCCCCGAAGCGCACGGCUGGCCGGACGAGGUCUACGCGCCCUCCCCCCUCCGCUUCAACGAAGCAUACCCCCUCCCCAAAGCCCUAACUCUCCUCCAAAUCGAAUCCCUCAAAGAAGCCUUCGUCGCCGCCGCCCGCCGCGCAGUCCAAGCCGGCUUCGACGUGAUCGAAAUCCACGCCGCGCACGGCUACCUCCUCCACCAAUUCCUCAGCCCAAUCUCCAACGCCCGCACCGACGCCUACGGCUCCUCCUCCUUCGAAGACCGCACCCGUCUAGUUCUCGAAGUCACCUCCCUCGUCCGCGCCACGAUCCCCGACACGAUGCCGCUCUUCGUCCGCAUCAGCGCGACGGAUUGGUUCGACGACAGAACAGACCUCGUCCCGCACAGCUGGACGCUCGCCGACUCGUGUAGGCUGGCGCCGUUGCUCGCGGAGCGGGGCGUCGAUCUGCUGGACGUCAGCUCCGGCGGGAUUCAUCCGCUGCAGGCGACGAGUAUCAAGGGCGGACCCGGGUACCAGGCCGGUUUCGCAAAGGAGAUUAAGAAAGUUGUCGGGGAGAGGAUGCUGGUGUCGGCUGUGGGUGGUAUUAGUACGGGGACCAUGGCGGAGGGGUUCCUUCAGGAGGGGUUGGAUGUGAUUAUGUGCGGUCGGUGGUUCCAGAAGAAUCCUGGAUUGGUGUAUGCGUAUGCCGAUGAGCUUGGGGUCAAUGUCAAGAUGGCGAACCAGAUUGGAUGGGGGUUUGGUGGACGUGGAAAGGGGAAGACAGACGUGAGUGAUAAAGAAGAACGCCUGUAG